AUGGCGGCACAAGUCGACCCAAAGAGACAGCAAGAUGCAGUACUCCAACUUCAAGACCACGCUGCACCAGCUCGCACAGAAGAUAGGCGACAUCGAGACCGAAGCCGAAGAACACAAGUACUUACCCGCACCAACCCGAAUACCUGCUCUGCCUACUCAUCUACCGCCCAUCCGAGACAUACUGACACACUGACACCAUCAAGACUCGUAAUAGAAUCCCUCCAGCCCCUCCCUCUGGACCGGAAAUGCUUCCGUAUGAUCAACGGCGUGCUUGUCGAGCGGACAGUAAAGGACGUGAUCCCCUCGCUGAAGACGAACGCAGAUGGACUCAAGCAGGUUCUCGACGAGCUCAUGAAGCAGUAUAAGAGCAAGCAGGACGAGAUGGACAACUGGAAGAAAAAGAACCAUAUCCAGGUUGUGCAGCAAUAG